AUGGCGGGUUUCGAUGGGUACCUUGUUUAUUAUUCGCGCCGUGUAGAGGCCUCUUCAGAUGACAAACAGUGGUACGAAGUGAUGCUGAGUCUGGCGGCUAAAUCUGCUUGUCAGCCAGUCUUUACUUCUGCUGCUCAUGGAUGGGUAGAGCACAUUGAAGACUGGCGUAAACUGACCAGUGCCAUUAACAAAUCUGAGGAGCGUAGGGAACUUCCCACCAUACCACAACCUACGCAUCAGAUGGAGUGGUUGGCUAGAGUCAACUUUAAGCACAGAGCAGUGCGCCGUGACGUACCACAACAGAGACAACCCCAAGUCUCCCAGAGUCACGACCUGAACUCCUCAUUUUACGUCUACUAGAGAGGAGAGUUUUCUUGGUGUCUGAUCAUGUCGAGCAUGUCUUUGGCGAGAUCACUGUAGGAAGCAUACCAUUACUUCUCUUCUGGACGCUGGCAUUUUUUAACUGUGAAUUUUAUUGAGAGCAGUGAAUGUCUUUACUUAGACAGUGCAUGGUGUAUUCAACACACGUGCUCCAUGAUUUGUAUAGACCUUCACAGUGUCCAAGUUACAAGAAUGCCAUAGUAACCACUGUGCUUCCAGUUUGAGUGAUCGGCAUUGUCAUUCUGCAUAUGCUGUGUUGCACAUUCAAAACAUUCCCGUGGAACCUUCAGUUCAGUUUGCAAAGAGACUGUUUAUAUAUGGCAAUUUAAGUUGCCUUUUAUUUGUGUGUUGGACAGAACCCUCCAAUCUGACUUUUUUUUCGGAGUAAUGACCCUUUGAGUCAAAAUACACCUGUAGUGAGUGUACUACUUUCAAAGCAUGCUAAUACUUACUAGCUCAUCUAAGAUUGACUGCUGUACAAGUUCAUGUACAUCUCUCUUAUGAUAAGAAUUUUAAAUCCAUAGCUUCAUACAUGUACUUUAUUUUUUCCAUAUAAGAAUAACACAAGCAUUUAUGGUUUUCUGAAUAUGUCAGUUGCUGACAUUUUUUCAAUAUUCCAUUUUUUGGAUUUUGUAGCUUUUUUUUUAGCCUGUAGUCAUUGGAUUGUCUUAAUUAUAUUCAU